AUGGUUUCUUUAACAGAGACUGAGAUAAUCCAGAUAGCGAGACUCCAGAGAGAGGACGGUGUACAGAGGCUCAGCGCUCACUUUUCGUGGCCUGAGUUCUCCGAUGAGCGGCAGAGCUUCCACCAGGAGUUUGUGUAUGACGUCACGAUGUUCGCCACAGCCCGAGGCUUUCCCUGGCCCGAUGUGAUCAGAGCGGCUGGGAUUGCCAAAGACCUCUUCCCGAAACUGGAUGAUUUGGAUGCAUCCAAGCUUCUUUCCUUGCUGAGCAAUGUGCUGUCUGAAUGUUCGCCAGCCCUUGCACCCAUCCAUCGAUACGCGCUCACCCAAUACCUCACUGAGACCUGUGUCACUCGGCAGCGGCUUCUACAGGCUGCAGUGGGUGGAGCUGCAAACCUGUCAAUCACUCGGGCACACCUGGAGGUGCAAGUGCCUCCCAAACCCUGCCCUCUUGCGCAGGGCACAGAGCUGAGUGAAUGGGAGCAUCAGCGCCAGCAAGAUCAGCUCGCCUCUUCUCUGCAGCAGAAAGAGGAGCAGCUGAAGUGUCUCCGAGAGGUGUCAAAGGUCGCUCUGGGGGAGGUCAAUGUUCCUGACCAUGGACGACUGGACAGAGAGGGUGUGUUGGAGUUGGUCCGUGUUGCAGCGAGAGCAAGUGGAGGCCAGAUGCAGGCAUGUCUGAAAGAAGAAACCUCUCUGGUCAGUGAGCUCCUGCAGCUCAAACUGCAGCAGGCAGCACUGGCCACCAGGAGGCUCCACUGUCCUGUUCCUCCCAACACACCUCCGCCUGCUCCCAUCCAGACACACAGCAGGGAUGGGAAAGUAGCUUGCAGCAAAACUAAAAGAGGAGCAAAGAAGUCUGGAGUUCAGCAGGCCAGUCGACCACGACUUUGAAAAAAAAAAAAGUCCAAGAUUUAUUAAAGUGCAUUUUGUACAGAGAAUGGUUGUGGAGUUGAGUGUCAGAUUAGGUUGUGUAAGUGAUAGUUACUGUUAAAAAUCUGAUCUUGGAUUGCCUCUAGCAAGUUUUCAAAGUCACCCUUCAAAGAAUAUUUUAACAAGAUACUUUAUCUUGCUUUGAGCGAAUGGCAGCAUCAGCGCCAGCGAGAUCAAUUCACCUCUGAAAGCUUAAAGGAAGAUAAAAUUAUCUUGUUCUCAGUUUUAAACAUCCUUUGUUCUAAGGUUGGGUCUUCUGCUGAAGCUGGAACAAUCCUCCAGCCCUAGUUCUUCACUCUGUCAUGUGUUUCAGCCAUCAGGCCUGUUCACCACCAAGGAGUUCAAGCGCUGACUUUGCUCUUUCACUUUUCAGAGUCCAGAGAGAAGAAUGUCAUUUCCUCAUGUUUCAAACAGUCUCAUCCUGAUGUCUGCACAGCAAAGCAGAGAAAGAUUAAAAUUCCCACUGCAUUGUAAACCAUAAAUGCAGCUUCACUACAGUCAGUCCAUAUCCACUUGUUUCAUUUAAU